CCCACUUUUCUGACUUAUCCCAUCCCAUGGCUCUUCCUCCAUUGCGCCCUUCUUUUCAUUUGGCGGCAGCAGCUUUCGCCCUCAUCCUGAUCUGCUGCACCACCACUGACGCCGCUCGUGAUCAAUACAACGCGAUCGACGAGUGCUGGAGAUGGAACCCCAAGUGGCAGAGUGACAGGCAGCGACUGGCAACCUGCUCGGUGGGUUUCGCCGGCAAGAUGAUCGGCAACAUCGGCCCGGGGCUGACGCACUACAAGGUGACCGACCCCGGCGACAACCCCCUCGACCCCAAACCGGGGACGCUGAGGUACGGAGCCAGCGUGGUAAAGGGGAAGGUGUGGAUAACGUUCCAGAGGAACGUGAGGAUGCGGAUCAAGCUGGAGAAGCCACUCCUCGUCGGCAGCUUCACUGCCAUCGACGGCCGAGGAGCCAGCGUUAACAUUGCCGGCGGUGCAUGCCUUUUGCUCCACAAGGUGAGCAAUGUGAUAAUUCACGGGCUGAGGAUCCACCAUUGCCGGUCGGAAGGGGCAGGGCCGGUGAUGGGGCCGGAGGGGAAGAUAGUGCAGAUGGGGGCGGUGGACGGAGACGCAAUCAGGAUGGUGGAGUCGAGGAAGGUGUGGAUAGACCACAACACGCUGUUCAGGUGCGAGGACGGGCUGAUAGACGUGACGAGAGGCUCCACCGCCAUCACCAUAUCCAACAACUGGUUCAGGAACCAUAACAAGGUUAUGCUUCUGGGCCACGACGACGCUUUCGUCCUUGACAGCAAAAUGCGCGUCACUGUUGUCUUCAACCAUUUCGGUCCUCGUUGCUUCCAGCGGAUGCCAAGGGUGCGCCACGGAUUUGCCCACGUCGUGAACAAUGUGUAUCAAGGAUGGGAGAAAUAUGCCAUCGGCGGCAGCAUGAACCCUAGUGUUAAGAGUCAAUCCAACCUCUUCAUCGCACCGGAAUCAGGAAGCAAGCAGGUGACAUGGGGGCAUGGUGGAAAGCCUAUGAAUUUCCAGUCAGUGGGUGACCUUUUCGAGAAUGGAGCUCUUUUCAACACUCCGAUAGAAGCUCGGAGAAUUGUUCGACCACACUAUAAUCGCGAGCAGUCAUUCCCAGUUGCAGACGCCAAAUCCGUCAGGUCAUUAACUAGCUCAUCGGGUGCUCUUCGGUGCCCUCGGUUCUCCAGAUGCUGA